CAUCUGUUUAAAGAAAAAGAAGUUCAGAGGAGUUGGUUUGAGGAGGACGCAGAACGGGAGGAGAUCUUUGGAGCUGUUUGUUGAUGGCACUGCGCACCGGGAGGACUUGGUUUGGGCAGGUUUUGCGCAGGGUCUCCCGGCUGCAGGGCUCCUGGUCCAGGCGAUCCAGCAGUCUCUUGUGUCUCUCUGUGAACCAGGAGCAGGAUCCAGGAGUGUGUCAGCAGCACAAGGCGGGGGGUCUCCACCGCUGCUCCGAGCCCGGCGGCUGCCGACACCGGAGCGCACCUUUCUGCGCCUCCGCCUGCAGGAGCUGUCCGUACGGCUUUCCCCACGCUUGCUGCGCCUUCCCGAAGAACUCGAGGGGACAUGAGCCCCUCGGUCGCCGCUUCCUGUUGGCCAUGAAGCGGCAAAACGUGCGGACCUUGUCCCUGAUCAUUUGCACGUUUACAUACCUGCUGGUAGGCGCCGCCGUGUUUGACGCCCUGGAGUCCGACUUCGAGAUGCGGGAAAAGGAGCAGUUGGAAGCCGAGGAGAAGCGUCUCCAGGGGAAAUAUAACAUUAGCGAGGAUGAUUACCGCAAACUGGAGACCAUCAUCAUGGAGGCAGAGCCCCACAGAGCCGGGGUGCAGUGGAAAUUCGCAGGCUCGUUUUACUUUGCCAUCACGGUUAUAACCACCAUAGGCUACGGACACGCAGCUCCAGGGACAGACGCAGGCAAAGCCUUUUGCAUGUUUUACGCUGUCCUGGGAAUCCCUUUGACUCUCGUCAUGUUCCAAAGUCUGGGUGAGAGGAUGAACACUUUCGUCAAGUACCUCCUGAAGCGCAUCAAGAAGUGCUGCGGCAUGAGCAUCACUGAUGUCUCCAUGGAGAACAUGGUGACUGUGGGCUUCUUCUCCUGCAUAGGAACCCUCUGCAUAGGAGCUGCUGCUUUCUCGCAUUACGAGGACUGGAGCUUCUUCCAGUCCUACUAUUACUGCUUCAUCACAUUAACGACUAUAGGUUUUGGGGACUUUGUGGCCCUUCAAAAGAAUCGGGCCCUGCAGAAGAAGCCCCUGUAUGUAGCUUUUAGCUUCAUGUACAUCCUGGUGGGUUUGACAGUGAUUGGAGCCUUCCUCAACCUGGUGGUGCUCCGGUUCCUCACUAUGAACAGCGAGGACGAACGGCGGGAUGCCGAGGAACGUGCAUCUCUCGCCGGCAAUCGAAACAGCAUGAUCAUCCACAUUCAGGACGAGUCGAUACAGCGCGGCCGGCGGCGGCGCGAGGCGCACCCGUACCACUCAGAGGUGACGGAUUUGCAGUCGGUCUGCUCCUGUAUGCACUACCACCCACAUGACUUCUGCAGCUCUGGAGGAGGGGUGACAGGGAUGGGCUGCACCUUCUCCCACCAGAACUCCUUCUGCUCACAGCUGAAACCCAAUCAGUACUUUCACUCGGUUUCCUACAGGAUCGAGGAGAUCUCGCCUAGCACCUUGAAGAACAGCUUCUUCCCUUCACCCAUCAGUUCCGUGUCUCCAGGCCUUCACAGCUUCACGGACAAUCACCAGCUCAUGAGGAGACGGAAAUCGAUCUAAGCCCGACACGCAGGACAGACAGCAGAGUCUUCAUGUUUUAUACGCAAACGUUCUAAUGCUGCUCUUUACCAAAUUACGUCAGCACUUUCUUCCUGUUGGAUUGAUACUGUAUGUAAUAUAAAAACAUGUAUUCCUGGGAGCAGGGGAAGAACAUUUCACAGAACAGCAACGGACACAACAGGAUGCAAAGCAUGAAGCAUGGAUGUCUAUUUUUUCAACAUUUACAACACAGAAGAAAAACAUAAAGACUUUCCUUAUUGCAGAUUUACAGUACAAAUUGAUAUAUUAACUUUGGUUACAUAGCAGCAGAUGCACACUUGGGGGGAAAUGCUAUUUUUCAAAGGGAGAAUGCUUGUUUCACUUUAACUUGAAGAAACUCUUACCGUUUUCCCAUCACCUCACUGCAGACAGCAAAUUUAACAUGACUUAAAGCAUCAGGUAUUGUUUUUGAGAAGCAAUCAUGGAUUUCAAUGGUUUUACCACACCAAGCCAAAAUAUUGUCAUCAAUAUUGCUAUGUGCAUUGGAUGUCUUUUUUAAAAAUUUAUUUAUUUUUUAGUGUGCCAUGGAUACAUGACAUUUAUUAUGAAAGCAGCCAUAUGAAGGGU